AUGUCGAACCACUCGUCCUCUCUCUCCUUCCCCAAGCUCAAUGCCUCGAACUACAAGUCCUGGGCUGGGGACAUGGCUGCCUGUCUGCGCUCUGCAGGCCUGUGGCGUCUUGUCUCUGGUGCCCACCUCAAGCCACAGGCCAAGGACCCCAAAGCCCUCACUGAAGCGGAGGCCACACUACUGGAGAAGUGGGAGGUGGAGGAGGCAAAGGCUGCUGGGUGGUUGUAUCUCAUGGUUGAGGCGGACCAAAAGGUGCAUUUCUCCAACAUUGACAGCAACCCUGUUGCAAUGUGGGCGGCCCUCAAGGGUGUCCACCAGCGUCCCCAUGCUGCUGGACGUUGGAAUGCCUGGGAGGCCCUGUUGUCUAUCAGGAAGAGCGAUUCUGAGUCGCUUCAAGCGGUUAUUAACCGCGUUGAAGACGCCAUGCAGCAAUGCAAGAAUCUGCGCCCUGACAAGUACACUCUGGACGAGCUUGACAGUGAACUCACUGUCAUGGCUAUGAUCCUGGCCCUCCCUCGCGAGGACUUUGCCCUCCUGCGCACUCAGCUGCUCAAUGGCGACCUCAAGAAGGCCACUGUCAUCCAGGCCUUUGUUACUGAGGAUGCCCAGCGCCGCCAUGACUCCACCAUUGCCUCCCAGUCUGCCCUAGCAGUCGCCUCAUCGUCCUCUGGCCCCUGUGACUUCUGUGGCGCAUCUGGCCACUCCCAGCCACAGUGCUACUCGUUCCAGAAGGCCCAGAAGCAGGCCAAGGAGCGCCGCACUACCAGAGGCAAAGGGAAGGCUGCCACUGCGCAGGAGAAGCCUGCAGAACCUGCCCAGGAAUCCGCUGCAAAUGCAAGUGCCCUCUCCUCACACUCCCUUGAGCCCUCUUCGCCCUCUACACCGCUUCAGCUUGAUGCUGACUUCACCUGGAAUGCAGACACAGGCGCCACUUCUCAUAUGACGCCUCAUCGCCACUGGCUUCGCAAUUACAAGCCACUGCGCUUGCCUGUGAAGUUGGCAGACAACAAGGUUGUCUAUUCUGCUGGUGUGGGGUCGGUCGUCUUCAGGCCUAGGGUGAAGGGAGCAUUUCAAUCUCCUGUCCUGUCUUCAUCUUGCACGCAAUAA